UUGACGCUGCCUGCUGCCGGUGCGCCGGCGGAUGGACCCGUAUAAAAAAGGGAAGCCGCUCCGACGAACGAACUUGGCUGCCGCCCGUCGGUCUUGUCGGUCCUUGCCACUACUUCCGCUCCUGUUUUUGUGCUCUCUCUUUGCGCGUCUUAUUCAACGUGUGCCGCGCCGAUCGUUACGGCAAGGCGUGCCGUAAGUGCCGCUCGCGACACUGCUUGUUUGCUUUACCGUCGACCGCGCGCUCUUCCGAAAAGGCACGAUGCCCGUGCUACGACCAGGGGACGACGUGUUCCAGGAGCACGAGUGUACGGUGACCCGUGGCCUCCUCGAAGACUUUCGCCAGAGGAUGAUCGACGAGAUGACCGAGGAGAACGCGGACCUGUACCAUCCCGCGGACGUGGCCCGGAUUCGCGAGAACGACGAACAGUGCCGACGCUACCUGCGCCACAAGAAGUGCGACCUUCAGGACGCCAUCACAUUCGCCAAACAUGCCCUGCGCUGGAGGAAACAGAACGGCAUCAACGAUAUCACAGAAGAGUCUCUACCUAUCGAGUUCUUCAAUCAAGGCACCAUGGUCCCCUACAACACAGAUAAAUUUGGCAGUCAUAUCGGAUAUGGAGCUUAUUAAAUUCAUCAUCGUGGUGUUCAGAGAUCUCUACCCGUGGGCGCUGGGAUACAUCAUCGUUCAUAACAUGCCUUGGAUCCUCAACGCGGUGUGGAAGAUCAUCAAGACCAUGCUUCCUUCGGAGGGCGUCGAGAGGAUCCGGUUCACCACCAAGGACGGCAUCCUGGAUUACGUCGACAGGCAGAAUCUAGCCAAGUAUAUGGGAGGAGAGGACCCUUACGUCUACAACUACGAGAAGGGCAAGCCACUGGGAGAGCGAUGUCCUCUCGUCUCCUACCCCAAGGUCGUUAUCCCACCAUGAGUCUCUGUCCGGCGGUCCAAUUAUCAUCCAUGCAUCGCUUUGUUUACGCACAAAAAAAAGAACGACGUCUGUGAUAUGUUUUAUUUUUUUUCUCCUUGCGACGUAACGAGUGCGAGUCAGCACUGCCGAAUUAAAGGUACCUUCGGGCCUUCGGCGGUUUCAAGGGCAUUAGUUGGAAGUUUCGGACAAGACGUUUCGUGAAAACCCAAGUUUUGAACCGUCCUCUACGCCAUUCACGCGUGGACAAAAGCUGCGAGAUUUCACGCCGCAUUCGCCGCGCGCGAUGGCCUUUAGUCAGUGACGGACAACGCGCAAAGGCGACAUGCGUCGUGACCAUGCAUUGUUCUUGCCGCUUGGUUUCUGCGCACGCGCACUGCCCACACCUGGUGUGGGCAGAGCGGUCUAAAGACUGUUGGUGUAUAGAUCUGGUUUAGGAUAGCGGGACUAUUCCUUCCCACAGAGCUGUCUGUCCGCCGUGAAUCGUGGUGGCCUCCUCUCCAGCGUCGACACCUAAUAUAUAUCUAACGAGGCCUGGAUUUCUCCCGACACCAAAAGAGCCGCGAGCGCGGGUCGCUGACCCGUGUUCGCGUGGCUCGGGUCCUCGCCGAUUGGAGUCGAACGAGUCUCGGCCGAAUGCGGACGCGGCAUUCGUGUCCGAUCCUCACUCGCGUUUGCCUCUCUAGGCGGCGUUGAAAAUUGAGCGUGGCGAAUAGGUGUGAAUGCUAACGGCUGUACCCUUUAUUGCGGGGGGUAGCGCGCGCCACCUAACUAUAAAAUAAAAAAAAAAAGAACUAAAAGUGUUAUUCCUUCCCCGCUCUUUUAAGCCAACUUUCCUUCCUGUUGGCCUAUUUGUAACUGUCACCAGGCAGUGUGAGAUAUCGCCAGGAUGACCUCUGCCAUCUUGUGGUAAGAGUUGAGGGCUUUUCUGGGAGGAGCUUGGCCCGCUAUUCUUAACUAUGGUGCUCAUCACCAAAAAUGUCACGUUGAUGCAACGAAAAAAAAAAAAAAAGUAACCCAGAAACUGCAAAGAACCGAACUUGGACACACGUAUGUUUGUAAUUUUAAACAAUAGUGUGUCUCGUGUGAUGUUUUUAUUUGUUAUUAUUGCACCCGCGUUUCACCAGGCAGCACAAAAUACCGUAAAGUUUUAGCGGGGAUAGACAUUGCAGCCAUGCAAAUAACUUAAGCUAUUUUUGUACGGAUCGAGCAGGAGGAUUAGGAGCGAGUGCACUGGUGAGAGUUAAGCACGGUGACCUUUGCCUAGCCUUGAGACGGAAGUAAAAAAACACCUCUGGUCUGGUUUCAAGAUAAAUACCAUUUCGAUUAUUUUGAUAUGUACAUUUAUAGAGCAAUAAACGAUAUGCAACAUUUCUCAAA